AUGGGAAAAGGGGCGAGGAAAGAGGCAACAGGUGCCGAAACACAGGGACAGGAGGAAGGGGUCGAGGGGCAUGUAGGGCUGCUGCAAGGGCGCGAGGGGUUGAAAGGUAACGAGGGGCCUCCUCUCCAUCCUCUCCCUUCAUCCCUCCCCGUGCCGCGUCCCCCUCCUCUUCCUCACUCCCCUCUUCCCACUCUCCCUCACUCCCCUCCUCACCACCUUUACUCACCUCCUCCCAUCCUCCCGCACUCCCCUCCACCGCUCUCCUCCGCGUUGAAUCUGCUGCAGUCCUCUUCCCAGGGGUCUGAGUGGGGGAGGAGGGUUGCGGCUUUGGCAGAAGCUACCACUGCUUGGCUGGCUACCUCAGAGGGUCGGAGGUACAAGAAGCGUGAGGACGAGCAAGAGGUGUAUUUUGAGGCGCCUCAAAAUACACCUUUAGCAGAAGCCACCACUGCUAGACUGGCUGCCUCAGAGGGUCGAAGGUACAAGAAGCGCGAGGACGAGCAAGAGGUAGAGGGUCAACCUCGAAACUCAGUACCACCAGGUUUCCAGCUAAGAGCAGGCGAGGAAGGGCGGGGAAAAGGAGGGGAGGAGAGGAGGGACGAAGAGCGAGUGAGGUCAGAGGAAAGAGAGGAGGGAGGGAGUGUGGAGGCAGAAAAGGAUGUGGAGGAGGGAGGAAACGAGAUGGUGAAGGGGGUUCAAGAGAGGGACAGAGAUGUGGAGAUAUGGAGGGUUCAGGAUUGUAGAGGGCAGAGUGACAGGAGGGAGGAGAGGCAUGAGGGAAAUAUGAAAGAGAAGGCAGGGGAAGGAGAUAGAGGGAAGGGAGAAAGAGGGGGGAAGAGAAAGGAGGAAGCAGAGGAGGAGCAGGAGCGUGAUAUUAUUAGGGAUUGGCAUGAUGGCAUUGGUGUGAGGGAUGGGGAUGGGGUCAGUCGAGGGAUGACUGGAGAUGCAGGAAGGGAGGCUGGUAGUGGGGAUGGAUUGAGUGGGGAUGAAGGAAGGGAUGGUGACAGGGGUGCGGGUGGAGGAAUUGCAGGCGAAACGGGUGUGAGCGAGAGGAGUGUGAGCGAGAGGAGUGCAGAUGGGAAAAGGAAAGACAAGGGGAUGGAUGUUGUGACACCCCAGCCCCUGUCAGCCCUCCAAACGCUGUUCAGUAGCAGUGCCAAAACAAGGGUGGCUUUUGAGACAUGUCGGAAGGUAGCGCUAGUGGGUACCAGGAGUCUUGGUGGUGGCGUGGUGCUGAGGAGUAAGGGGGAGGAAGAAGAGGAGGGGAAGAAUGACGAGGAGGAGGAGGGAGAGGGGGAGGAGGAGGAGGAGGAUGAGGAUGAUGAUGAGGAAAGCGAGGAGGAGGAGGAGGAGGAGGAGGAGGAGGAGGAGGAGGAGGAGGAGGAGAAAGAAGAGGAAGAAGGGGAGGAGAGUGGAGAGGAGGAGGAUGGGAGUGAUGGAGACGAGGAGGAUGUGGAGAGGGAGGGCGGGAGUAUGGAGGGGAUGGCACGAGGGGUAUCAGAGGAGGAUGGAGAGGAGUGGAUGGAGGAGAGCGAAGGGCAGGAGAAGGAGGAGCUACUAUUGGGUCGAUUUAUGCUGAGGGCACUAAGCAAUAGCCAGCAGCCAGUGGAGGGAGGUGUCGUUGCCUCUCAGCCACAGGCUCUCAGCAGCGGUCAGUGGAGGGAAGUGUUGUUGUCUCUCAACCGCCCUCCUUCCGCUCGCUCACAGCAGCCCCCUCUCUCGAUAUCGCACCUCCCACAAGCACACCGCUCUCACCCUCUCCCUCCCUCGCACCUCCCACGUUCGACAUCCAUUCUCCGGCACUCCUCACCCUCCUUCACCCCCUCGAUCCGCCUGGUCUCAUGGGCCAAUACGGCUCACAGCCUCUCCUUCCGUUCCGCCCUCCAAACCGAAGCUGCAGCUUUGGCAGCAGAAGGGCUGGAUUCCGAGCCUACGCAUGCAGCUCCGCCGGAGGUUUGGCAGGUGGCUCGGCAGGCUGUGAGCUCUCCUGCUCAUCUUCCCGAACCUAAGCUGCGUUUGGGGUGUCAGCAGGACGAACCGAAGCUGAGACAAGGGGGAAAAGAAGAAGAAGAGUAUGGAGUGGAUCGUGCUUUUGAGUCGAGUCAAAAACAGGGUGUGGACCGUGCUUUGAUGCGCGUUGAAACGAAACGAGGCCGAGUGGAUGGUGCUGCAGCUGAGACGACUCAAAAGCCAUCCAAGGGGGAGAAAAUGCUGAAUAGAGGUGUUGCAUCUGACAGAAAUGCAGCUAAACAAGGCUUGGGUAUGGAUCGAAAUCACGGGGAGGCUAAGCAAAGAGGUGAUGCCAGUCAUGGGGCAAUGGGUGCUGCGGCUGCUGUUGCAUUGGGGCGGAGAAAAAACGCAGGAGGGGGGGAGAAAGGGUCAUGCGAUGGGGCAGGAGUGAGGGAGGAGGACGUAAGAGGCAGGCUGUUAGGAGGUAUUGGGGAGAGACGGGAAGAGGGGGAAGAGGAGGAUGAGGAGCAAAGGGAAAGCCCUUUAGGAAAGGUUGGAGAAGACAUGGGGGAGGAGAAGGAGAGGAAAGAGGAGGAAGCAGAGGGAGAGGAGGAAGAGACAGAGGAUAGUGAGGAGCGAAAGGCAGGUGCAGUUGGAACUAGGGAGGUGGGAGGGGAGAAGAGGGAAGAGGAGGGAGGGGAGAACAGGGCGGAGGGAGGGAAGAGAAAGGAGGAAGUGGGAGGGGAGAAAAGAGAGGAGAUGGGGGUGGAGAAGCGUUUUGAGGUAAAAACAACUGGCACUUCGUUAAGUGCUCGAAAAGGGUCGGAUGCGAGAGCGAGAAAGUUGGGAGUGUACAAGGGCAGCUAUCUGGACUGGGGUGUGGAGACAAGCGGGAGCAGGGAUAUGGGUACUAAAACGGCUAGUGGCGAUGGCCUAGCUAACGGUGGUGUGGGGAUGGGUGGAGGGAAAACUGCAGGGGCUGCUCUGGUGAAGGUGCGGGGUGAUGGGAAGAGUGCUUUUAUGGCUGCUUUUGAGCAGCGAUUGCAGGCGGAGUUUCAGGCGAUGAGAAGUGGUGGGCAGGGCGUGGGACAUGGGAGUGUGUAUAGGCACAGUUCGGGUGCAGAGAGGGGUGUGAUUGUAGGGAGGGGAAAGGAGGAGGGGAGGGGCGAACAAAUGCAAGGGGAGCAACAGUCAUUCGUUGCAGGCCACAGGAAGGAUGACUGGCGGGAGGAGUGGGUGAGGAGGAAGAUGAGGGAGAAUCAGAUCGAGAUGAAAAGGGAGAGGGAGAGGGAGAGGGAGGCAAAAGGAGAGGUAGGUGGUGGUAACACUUUGGAAGAUUCUCAAAAGGCUCAUAAGAAGGAUGACUGGCGGGAGGAGUGGGUGAGGAGGAAGAUGAGGGAGAAUCAGAUGGAGAUGGAGAAGAUGGAGAGAGAAAGGGAGCGGGAGAGGGAGAAAGAGAAGAGCAGAGUGAGGGAGAGGGGUGAGGAGAAGGGCAAGCACAGGAGGAAGGAGAAGAAGCGAAGCAAGAGUAGGCGAUUCACAGAAUGGUCGUCUGAUGAGUGGAUGGGAGCGGAGGAGAGCGAAGGGGAGAGGAAAGGGGACCUGGUGCAGGUGUGUCUGGUGCAGGUGUGUCUGGUGCAGGUGUGUCUGGUGCAAGGGAGGGCGAUUGGGAGGGCGUACUAUAAAGGGGAUAGAGGCGAGGGCGCGGGAGAAUGGGAAGCAGACGGCACAGGGCCGGGCGCAGGGGCUUCCAUGUGCACUCCCCGCCUGCUCUCCCGAGCGAAUCUUUUCCAGGCCAACCUCCCAGGUUCCUCUUCCCGCCUCCCUCUGUUUGCCUCUGCUGCAGGGGGUGGAGUGGGGUUGCUAGGAGGAGGAGGAGGAGCAACAGGGGAGGAAGCAUGGGAGGGGAUGGGUGCGGGCAAUAGCAUGGGGAGUGGUGCUCUCUCCCUGAUCGGCAGUGCAAGGAGCAGCAGGGCGCUGCUGAGGCAGCUAGCGGUGGGUUCAGAGGGGUUGGAAGGGGUGAGGUUCAAGCAGCUGAAGGGGAGGAAGAAGAAUCUGAAGCUGGUGCGGAGCCGGAUACACGGGUGGGGGCUGCUGUCUCUGGAGCGCAUCGAAGCAGGGGACUUCAUCAUCGAGUUUACUGGAACAAUUAUCCGCCGAUCGCUAUCGGUGCUGCGGGAGAGGAUGUAUGAGGGAGAUGGUGUUGAUGGCAUCAGCUGGCUAUGCGACUGUGGACUCACACUCUCGCUCUUUCUUUCUCACCAUUCAUGCAACCCCCACCAGGUGUCGGAGCUGCGGGAGAGGAUGUAUGAGGCGGAUGGCAUUGGCAGCAUCAACCAACCUGCGACUGAUUAA